GCUGCUGUUGCUGAAGAUGCUUCACUGCUGCAGUGUCUCUGAUGUCCAGCAGGAGGCAGCAGCUGUUCUGCUCUCAAUCCUGCAGCACAAGCUGGACUUCUCCUGCCGCUCUGCUCUGGAUCUGGCAACAAACACAGACUCAGAGCCUCUACAUCUGACCACUGACGACUGCCGUGUGAUGUCCAGAGUCAUUCAGAGAGCUCAAUCAGACACAAAGACACGGCUGAUUCUGCAGGACUGUGAGAUUCAUUCAGCUGGAAUGGAUCAGCUGUUCCCAGUGUUACAUUCUGUUCAGCUCUGCUGUGAUAAACCUCUGCUGCUUCAGUUUCUGGCUCAUGUGAGGCCUGAGGAAGCUCAGUCUCUCUCUGGAGCUCUGGGUGAAGAGCUGGAUCUCAGUCAGACUCAGCUGGAUCUGCAGGUCUGUAGAGGUCUGGAGCUGAUUCUGGAAUAUUCUGAAGGACUGACAGAACUGGAUCUGAGUCAGUGCCAUCUCACCGAUCACAGCCUGGAUCUGCUGCUCCCAAACCUCCACAAAGCUCAAAACAUUGAUUUCAGUGGCAAUAGUAUAACUGACGCUGGGGCUCAGGAAAUCCACAGGAUCGUCACUCGCAACUGUAACAUAAAGACAGUAAGGCUCUUCAACAACAGAAUUGAAUCCCGAGAGCUCUUCAUCACUGACCCACGAUUUGAGAUCUGGGGAUGCCAGUAA